AAUUUAGCUUAGUUUACUACUACCACUGUCCGGAGUCGGAAGUUGCGUCGAAGAAAGAGCCAAAGCAAAAAUAAUAAAAAUAAAAAAACAACAGAAUAGAAUUGUAUAGAGCGAAUAACGAGAACAAGAAUAUUAAACACUUUUGCUGUUAUACGACAACAUAAAAAAAUAACAAAAACGCCAGCACUGUUUCGCUUUUCAUUCCCUUGCCUGUCAUUCCAAACCAAGCAACACCAUCAGACUAAAAUCAAUAAUUUAGUUGUGUGGUUUUCGCGGCUUUUUGUGUUUUCUUUAAAAAACAAUCAAUACCCGAAGAAUGGGCACAGAAACGAAGAGCAACAGUUACACAGGACAGAUUUCAACAAGUGGCGGCAACCCUAAAGUGAUGAAAGAUUCUUUAUCUUUAGUUCGUCAAGCGGUCAAACAGCAGCAAUCGAAUCAAAUCAAUUUGAAUUUAAAUUCGAACAGCAAUUCGAAUUCCAAUUCGAAUUCGAAUUCGAUAACAUACUCAAGCGAGCAACAGAACAACGCGGGUGAUAUACGACCAACCAAGCAGGAGGAUAACACAAGAACAACAGUUAAAGAUACGUUUGUGCCAUUCGUACCGAUAUUUGUUGAAGAAGCCGAUGUUAUACAAGGUGCUAAGGAUAUACUGAAAGUAAUACGACCGAACUGGGACCUCAAUCACGUUGACUUUAAGAAAUUUACAGAUGGCAUAACAAAUAAGCUAGUCGGCUGUUUUCACAAUUGUUCCAAAUUGGGCAAUGACAAUGACGAAUCCUAUUUAUCAAUCAACAAUGCGCAGAGAAUUUUGCCGGUCAAAUCGGAGGAUCCGGUUAUCCUUCCGGAGGAAUUCACAACCAUCGAUAGAGAGACAACGGACCAUAAACAUCUACAAUUACCUAUACAAUACUCCGAUAACGUAGUGCUCGUUCGUGUCUAUGGUAAUAAAACGGACCUAUUGAUCGAUCGGAAAGCUGAAACGCAAAAUUUUCAAUUACUGCACACAUAUGGCUUGGCACCAUCUCUCUAUGCGACAUUCAAAAAUGGGCUCGUCUACGAAUAUGUACCUGGUACCACCUUAAAUACAGAAAGUGUGCUAUGCCCAGAUAUUUGGCCAUUGGUCGCUCGUCGCAUGGCCGAAAUGCAUCGUGUGGUUAGAAAGAAUACUCCCGAUGCCAAACCGAUGCCAAUGAUAUGGAAGAAGACGCAAAGCUUUCUGGACUUAGUACCUGAACGAUUUAGUGAUGCUGAAAAACACAAAAGAGUGAAAGGAACAUUUUUACCUAUUGGACGACUGCGCGAGGAGUUUAAUAACUUGUACAAAUACUUGGAGGCAUUAGAGAGUCCAAUUGUUUUCUCACACAACGACCUGCUAUUGGGCAACGUCGUCUACACGAAAUCAAAGAAUGCUGUUAACUUCAUCGACUAUGAAUAUGCUGAUUACAAUUUCCAGGCCUUCGACAUUGGCAAUCAUUUUGCGGAAAUGUGCGGCGUCGAUGAGGUCGACUAUACGCGCUAUCCGAAACGAGAGUUUCAGCUCGAAUGGCUGCGUGUCUAUCUCGAGUGCUAUCUACAGCGGAAUAAUAUCAGAAACGAUGAAGUCGAUCGACUCUUUGUCCAGGUUAAUCAGUUCGCACUGGCUGCCCACAUCUUCUGGACAGUCUGGUCUCUACUACAAGCUGAGCAUUCCACAAUUGACUUUGAUUAUGUUGGCUAUGCAUUUCUUCGUUACAAUGAAUAUUUGGCUCGCAAGAAGGAGUUCUUAUCGUUGACUGCAUCAAAGAACAAUAAAUGAUUUUUUCCCAGAAAUUCGCAAAUAAUAAUAAUGAAACGAAAUACACACAAUUUUGUGUCCAACCCCAGUGAUGUACUUAUAUAUAUA